CUCCGACUCACCACCACACGAUGUGUCAGAACGAUACCGCUUAUCCGAUCAAUCAACAAUCCACAUGCCGAAAGCAUGCUGGACAUGCCGUAGCCGCACAAUCCGCUGCGACGCCUCGCGCAUCCCCUGUCUGAAAUGCGAGAAAGCGGGUCUCGAGUGCGUCGAGAAGAAGCCGCUGCGAUGGGUCAAUGGCGUCGCAAUCCGGGGAAAGAUGCGAGGGCAGACGUAUGGCGCAACAUCGCCGGGCUCUGAGGGCGGACGCUCGCUUGUGCAGUAUAAGCCGUACGGGGAGGAGAUUGUUUUGAGAGCAAGGACUAGUCCGCCCAGUACUGCGAGUAGCCCUCCAAAAUUUCCGGCAAGUCCUUUAGCAUUCACGCUGCUGGAUUCGCGCGUGCAAGGCCUGCACUGGGGUACGAGGUUUUAUGUCGAUUAUUAUAGUGAUCAGAUCUGCAAAUUGUACAUCUUGCAUGAUAGCGACAAUAACCCUUUUCGCAGUUUGCUUCCGUACGCCCUCAAUGAUACCCCCCUGCUCAAAGCAAUAUCUGCGCUAUCGGCACGACACAUCGCCAAUGCGAGCCAGUCCUUUGACCAGGCCGGCGAAGCUGCUACUCCUCAAUCUAGGAAGGCCGAGCUAGAAGCAUUACAGUCCAAAUCGCAGGCUAUAGCCAGCCUCAAGGCGCAACUUGAUAUCCCGGAGCCGUGUAAAUUGGACAUGACUCUAGCAACCAUCUUGCUGCUCAUCUUUGUCGAGCUCCUCGAGUCUGGACUGGAUGGGUGGAACUUCCAUCUCAAGGGGGCGAGAGGUCUGGGUGACUUUUCCCAGUCGCUUAUCCAACCAGCAUCGCCUGGGCAUACAAAGUCCUCUGGUGAAAUGGCGCAAGACGUACGGAUGUUUAUUGCCAGGCAAUAUUCCAUAAUCGAUACAUUAGGUUCCGCAUUGUCGCACCCCAACUCUCGACUCGAAGAUUUCUCUAGCGGUGAGGUGAUCGAAGGCCAAGAGUCUGUCGUCCGAAGCUUUCUCGGAUGUCCCGAGUUCAUAUUGCGAUCCAUUCAAUUCUUCUCGAACCAACGACAGCUUGUAUCAGAAUCACCACCAUACAAUGAACCCUCCAUCGACACGCAUAUCCAGGACACACUCACGAUGCUCGAGCUAACUGAAACGUUCGACUCGCUCAAAUGGGCGUCACAAUUCCACACCUCAAGCACUUCCUCUACAACAGAGACGACCAAUCUCUACCUAUUGUCGCAAGCAUAUAAAACAGCCGCGCUGCUUUACGGCCGACAAGUUCUCGCAAGCACAGGGACGCAUCUUGAGACUAGAGAAACCCAGACGCUGCUCUCGCAACUACUUGGAACCAUCGACGCGCUCAAAGGCGAAGACACAUUCUUCAAGUGCCUCCUCUGGCCGACGUUUGUCGCCGGGCUCCAUUGCCUCGAGCGGGGACAGCAGGAUUAUGUUACUGACUCGCUGAGAAGCGUUUGGGAUCUUACGAAGUGUCUAAAUGUUAUAAGCGCCGCUGAUAUUCUGAGGAAGUAUUGGGAGCGCGUUAAGGUCUCGGGAACGGAGAAUCCGUGGACGGCUGGCCUUGUUGAGCUGGAUCGACAUUGGUUGUUGAUUUGAUACGGAUUAAUGAAUGAACGAAUCAUUUUACAUCUCCCUAGAGGAACUGCUAUGUAGUACGAGUAUGGAACAUAGGGUUAUGAUCUAGGCUAUCCCAUAAGAAUCUACUACCAUGCCAAUGGAGGACCAGCUGUGGAUCUGCGCUUUGUUUUGAGGCAGUGUCCCAUUUCUAGCAGAU